GGUGAUGAUGAUGUUCUGAAGCUCUUAAGAACGUACACGCUCCAAGUCCAGAAAAAAGCAGUGACAUACACCCCCACACCUAAGCUGUCAGAGUUGGAUCAGACAUUCUUCUGCAGAGGAUUCAUCAACAGCCAACAAGACAGCUUCACUAAAGGUCUAAAGUCAGUGAGGGAGAUGGCCACUAACUCUUUCAAUCCAAUCAAUACAACUGCUGCACCUGAUGGAAAUGGCUCUAAGAAUAGUUACUGUCCUGUUGGGCUGAUACAGCCUAUCAAAAUCAUGUCUCUCAUAAUUUAUUCCCUGGCCUUUAUACUUGGUGUGCUCGGGAAUGGAGUGGUUAUCUGGGUGACCGGCUUCAAGAUGAAGAAAACUGUUAACACAGUUUGGUACCUCAACCUUGCUGUGGCUGACUUCCUCUUCACUGCAUUUCUGCCCCUGAAUGUGACUUACACAGCUUUGGAUUUAGACUGGCUUUUUGGCAAGUUCAUGUGCAAGCUCAACACCGUGGUACUUAUUCUGAACAUGUUUGCCAGUGUCUACAUUCUGAUGGUGAUCAGUGUGGACAGAUGUGUGUCAGUGGUGUGGCCCGUCUGGGCUCAGAACCACCGAAAUGUACGCAAGGCAUCCUACGUGAGUCUGUGUGUUUGGGUGGUGGCUUUGAUUCUCAGUGCUCCAUACUUCAUCUUCAGGGACACUGAGAAAGUUUGUGACAAAAUCCUCUGCUUCGACAACUAUGCUCUUUCUGAUGACUAUGAAACACCAUCUGUGAAACAGUUAUGGCAAUUUCGUCUUCAGGCCAUGACUAUCACGCGCUUCCUCCUAGGAUUUGUUGUGCCCUUCACUGUCAUUGUCUCGUGUUAUGCUGUCAUAAUUCAUCGUCUCAGAAGAAACCGCACACUGGCCAGUCAGUCAAGUCGCCCCUUUAAGAUCAUCGCUGCCAUUAUUAUCACUUUCUUUCUGUGCUGGGCUCCCUUUCACAUCAUGAGACUAAUUGAGAUGGCAAGUCACAUGCCAGAAUAUUCAAGUGAGAUAUUAGAUGAUAUCAUUGCAAUUGGGAUGCCAAUAGCCACCAGUCUGGCCUUUCUCAACAGCUGCCUGAAUCCACUUCUGUAUGUGUUCAUGGGCCAAGAUUUUAAACAUAAAGUCCGCAAAUCCAUCCUGAAUGUGCUGGAGAGUGCCUUCCAGGAAGAGGAGACACGCAGUCACACUUACACAAAGUCAGUGGACACCAGUCAGAGCCAAGAGUUCCGAUUUGAAUACUGAGGUAUAAGACACCAAAUUAUGAAACUAAAGUAUGUGUCAAACAUACUUUACAGUUUGUAAAGGUUUUUCACUAGCUGUAGUGGAAUCCAGAUAUGUGACUGAUGCAGUAGCGCUAAGCAGACUUGCUGUUGGUGUCUUUGAUUCGCAGCUGUGCAUUCAGAUUGUUCGUUUUUGGAUUUCAAAGAAAUUGUAAAAUGUGUUUUCAAUAUAUUUAAUCACUUAUAUCCUUAUGCUCAAACUAGCACCUGCUUUUUAUAAUAAUUUUCUAAAUUUUUAACAAAAUGAACUCUUUGUAAAAGCUCAGUCUAUGUACAGAAUAUAAUUUGUCUUUUUCCACUUUCUUUCUUUUUUUCUCAGCUAUGGUGGAAUCAAUAAAAGAGGAUAAUGACAAUGAUGAUC